GGCGGUAGUUACGUGGUGACGUACCUGAGCGCUGCGGUACUGGAGCAACUAUGGCACUGAGACCGUGACAGACUGUCGGCAAACACCCCUCCUUCACACCGAUCACAGUCACGAACUGAGUGAUAAAGAUUCUGUUGCAAAAAACACUACACCAUGAGUGAAAUUAACAGUGAAGCAGGAUUCUACAGUGUACAAGUUGGUGAUUCCACCUUCACAGUUCUUAAGCGAUACCAGUCAUUGAAGCCCAUAGGUUCAGGAGCACAGGGAAUUGUUUGUGCUGCAUUUGAUUGUAUACUUGAUGGAAGUGUUGCUGUUAAGAAACUCAGCAGACCUUUUCAGAACCAAACUCAUGCCAAGAGAGCUUACAGGGAACUUGUUCUUCUAAAAUGUGUAAAUCAUAAAAAUAUUAUUAGUUUGUUGAAUGUAUUUACACCACAGAAGUCUUUAGAAGAAUUCCAAGAUGUUUACUUGGUUAUGGAGUUGAUGGAUGCCAACUUAUGCCAGGUUAUCCAUAUGGAGCUAGACCAUGAGAGAAUGUCCUACCUUCUUUACCAGAUGUUAUGUGGUAUUAAACACCUUCACUCAGCUGGCAUUAUCCACAGAGAUUUGAAACCUAGCAACAUAGUAGUAAAGUCAGACUGCACACUGAAAAUUCUAGAUUUUGGACUGGCAAGGACUGCCUGUACUAAUUUUAUGAUGACCCCAUAUGUAGUGACACGAUAUUAUAGAGCACCUGAAGUUAUCCUAGGAAUGGGAUACAAAGAAAACGUUGAUAUCUGGUCAGUGGGGUGCAUCAUGGGAGAAAUGCUGAAAGGUUCUGUGCUAUUCCAAGGCACUGAUCAUAUUGAUCAGUGGAAUAAAGUCAUUGAACAGCUAGGAACCCCAUCUGCAGAAUUCAUGAAGAAAUUGCAGCCAACUGUCCGAAAUUAUGUAGAAAAUCGGCCUAAGUAUCCAGGGCUUGGUUUUGAAACGUUAUUUCCAGAUUGGGUUUUUCCAGCAGAUUCUGAGCGAGACAAGUUAAAAGUAAGUCAGGCCAGAGAUCUUCUCUCGAAAAUGCUAGUGAUUGAUCCUGACAAGAGAAUUUCAGUGGAUGAAGCCUUACAGCAUCCAUAUAUUUCCGUCUGGUAUGAUCCUUCUGAAGUAGAAGCACCCCCUCCACAGAUAUAUGAUAAACAGUUGGAAGAAAGGGAGCACACUAUAGAGGAAUGGAAAGAAUUGAUAUACAAAGAAGUUGUGGACUGGGAGGAAAGAAAUAAGAAUGGUGUUAUUAAGGAACAACCCUUACCUUCAGAUGCAGCAGUGAAUAACAACAACAGUCCCUCUCAGUCUUCCUCCAUCAAUGACAUAUCGUCCAUGUCAACAGAGCAGACCUUGGCUUCCGAUACCGACAGCAGCCUGGAUGCUUCAACAGGACCACUUGAUGGUUGCAGGUGAUCAGCCUACUGACUUCAAAAAUGAGCAUUAUCAGAAAGUAACUACAACUGUUAUUCUUGGCUUGAGUUGCUUUUAAUUUAAUGAAACCCCAUUACAAUGAUUAUAUAUACAUAUGUGUUGCAUGUACCACAAACAUAAUGCCUGUGCUUUACUGUAUGAUUGCCUGGUUUUGGUUACAAAUAAGUCUUGUAAAAUUUGAAAAGGAAAUUUAUAAUGCAAUGUAUAUUUGUGCAAACUGCUAUUAGCCCCAAAUUCAGAUGAGCAGAUGUGGGAAAAAUAAGAAGAAUAUAAACUUGUGCAAAAUAUGCUAACACUUCGUCCUCAUGAUCUCACACAUUUGUUUAAGAUUUAAGUACAUUCCAAAAGUAUGUAAAGGAAACAACUAGCAGCCCUUCAUAUUUUCUAAUCAUUUCUUCACAUGUUCAGUAUGUUACUGGUAUAUUAAUGAGAUCUAAAGAUGCAAUGUUGUGCAUUUCAGAUCUAUCACGUUAAUUAUUUAGGCAUGUAGGCAAUUAUUUCUGGUAGUAGGAAGCAAGAUAAAAGUUUUUGUAUGAUGUUGGUCUGAGCUUUUAACUUUUCAUUGGCUAGAUUAGAGUAAUUGUAAUUGUUAGGCAAAAUGGAUUGUCCAAGAUGACCAAGAAGAACAGAACUCAGCUUCAUGUCUGUAGUUUAAAGGUGGGGGGUGGGGGGGAGAGAAAAUAGCUUCUAAAUUACUACGUGUUAACGAAUUGCAUGGAGUUAUAAUAAUGAUUUCCCUGUUGUGGAGGAACAUUGCUGUAGCCAUUUGAAAAUGUUGAAAUGCGGGUUUUUGAAAUGAGUUCAUUUGGGAUUUUUCAAAACGAAUUCAUAGAAAUAUAAACCCAAUAUUAACAUUUAAUGUGCCUUGUAAAGUUUUCAUUGCUUGGAGAAUAAGCCAAAGGUUAUGAAAAACUUUUGUUUAGAAUACUUAUUGUGUAUCCCACUAGAGUAAAUCCAUUUAGUCCAGAAUAAAUUGUAGAUAAAAUCCAUUGCCUUAAACUUAAGCGGCAACAACUAACCAGUAUGCCUUUUUAAAACUGCACUAGUGGCAAGAAUUUCAACUUGCUGGUAAAAUUAAAUAAUUCAAACCAAAAAAAAAUCAUGAUUGCAUUAUUAUGGAAUGUAUAGGCAAAAUUUCUUCCAAGAUCUGUAGCAAAAUUGUACACUAAACUUUAUAAAUUUAUCAGAUUUCUGAAUAUAUUAUGUACAGAGGAAGUCAUCCCUAUCUCUUUUGUUGGAGUGUAGAUUUCUUUUAAAUUUGAAUAGUUCUGUUGAUGCAAGUAUCUGUUGUUUAAUGUAAGGCCUGCCCUUGUAUGUUACUUGAACAAAAUUGUGGUCUUCUACCAGACGGUAACUGCAAACUGAAAGAGUGGAAUAGCAAGUUAUUGAAGAAAGAUUGUCAUGAAGAUGUUUUUGGUUUUUGGCUAUUAUUACAAGCUGGUUUUGUCAGUUGAAGGUAAAAGUUGAAAUUAAGCUAAAUCUAGACAUAAAUUUUAUAACAUGUUAAAUAGAAUUGUUAAUUUCAAUAUAAAUAAUAACUGAUGUUUUGUUCUAGAUGGUGCAGAUAGUAUUUGAAUAAUUCGGCAUUCUCUGUGUGCUUUGUGCGGCCAAGAACCCAUGGCUUGAAAAUUACUGGUUUGGCACUUGGAAAGAGCAAGGUCGAAUUGCCAAGUGCCCUCUAGCACUGUGUUUUGUCUAUUUGAAUAUCCUGAAGCCAAGUUUUUUAGGAUAUUUUGUGCCUAGGGAUUAUACUGUUUCAGAUUCCUACCCGUUUGGAGUGGAUUGACUCAAAUCUGUAGCCAUCCCUGGUGCUGAAUUCUGUUGUUUUUGGUAUUGUGGUAAGUAGUGCUAUAAUUGAAAAAGUAAGCAAUUCUUCCUUUGAAUGUAGAUACUUCACUUCAUGCUCCACCCUGACAUCUCCUCUUGCCUUAGUAUGGCAAGAUGUCAGGAAUAUGUAGGCAGACAUGCAUUUCCUGGAAUAAAUGGAAACCUUUGAUCGUGUAUUUUCCUUGUAGAUGUUGGAAUAAACAAAUUUAUCUGACCAAUAUUAUUUUUGGUUUUUAAUCUCUUAAAUUGUCCUGGAAUUCAUAAGGGGGAGAGAAGAGUUCGAACCAUUUCAGAUUAGGGUUUCCCCUCCUACCUACUCUUUACCAGUAAAACUUCAGCUGAUGCUGAACUUAUGAGCAAUAGAAUUUGAAGUUUAGGUAAAUAAGAGAGACUUAUACAUGGCCUUGUCAUCAGAGGAGUCGGAUUGAAGAUCUAAAUUAGCUGCAGUACAUUCAUCUUUGAACAAAGUGCAGCUCUUAGUAGAGCUACUAGGACUUGAUGUUUCAAUCCCUAUGGUAAGUUGGCACUCUCCAUGUUGGUAGUGGGCUUGGAGUGGUGACAAGGAGGGAGAGUAGGUACGUCAUCGGGGUCAUCAGGUGGGCACCCUCCUUCUUUGACGUUUCGUUGAUAAGCCCAAAACACAAAAUGCUUUGAAUUAAAGAUGGAGCAGUAGGUUCAUGUAGUAAAUAAACUCCAACCAAAGUAGAUUUUAUAAGUUGUUGCACACAUCAGUUUGCAAAUUAAUUUUUCUGUGCAGUGGACUAGGAUGGUUAAACUCAAUGUUUAAAACCUUGCUUCAUAGUAAAGACACAAUUAAUUUGAACUGUGGCUUGUAUAAUGGAAAUUGUUUGAUUUUUUUUCCUGCAAGUCUUUAAUUUUUAAGCUUUGCAUUAUAUUGUCUAAGGAUAAUUUUCAAUACUAACAAUGAAAUAUUGCCCAGGAAUGUUUGUUGUAACAAAGUUCCAUCACCUUUAUUUACAGUCAUCAUCAUGUGCCACAUUGUAUGACAUGGGUGAUCAUGGUCUUUCCAUGACCAUGAUUGUUCUUGGCAAAUUUUUCUACAGAAGUGGUUUGCCAUUGCUGCCUUCUGGUCAGUGUCCUUGCAAGAUAGGUGACCCUAGCCAUUGUCAAUACUCCUCAGAGAUUGUCUUCUUGGCAUCAGUGAUCACAUAAUCAGGACUUGUGAUAUGCAGCAGCUGCUCAUACGACCAUCUACCACCUGCUCCCAUGGCUUCACAUGACCCUGAUCGGGGAGCUAAGCAGGUGUCUCACCUUGCCCAAGGGUGACCUGCAGGCUAGCAGAGGAAAGAAGCACCUUACACCUCUUUUGGUAGAGACAUAUCUCCACCCUCCCACCCACUUAUUUACAGUAUAUCACUGCAAAUUUCCUGAUAAUUUAAGCCAGGCCCACCUGGGUUUUGACAUAAAUGUGUUUAUUUCCUUUUUAAGAUGUAGUUAACCUUCACUUUUGAUAUUAAAAUUCUUGUUUCAUGGGGAAAAUUUAACGAUGAUGAUACAGUAGUACUAAUGUUUUACAAUCUAGCUUUAGUUGCAAGGUAGUACUGAAAUGAGAUUUUUAAAAAUUCUCUCUGUAAGACUAAUGAAAUAGUGCCUUGUUUUAUCAAAACAUUUGAAAUUGUUUUAGUAACUUAUUUUUGGAUUAUGUAUAGUUAAUAGAAAAAUAAUUUUACCUCCAAUUACUAGUAGUUCUGUUUAAUUGACAAAUUAAAGCUGAGUGGAGAUAAGUCAUCUUUCAACUGAAAUUCAAUUGUCAUUAGAUGGAUUAGUUUUAAAUGAAUGGUGUCUUGCCUCAGCAACAUAACUGUGGUUUGAUUAGCAUAUAAUACAAACCCUUCCCAAAAUAAAUUAAUCAAAUUAAGUGGAAGCUGGAAAUACUUCCUAAAUGUGCCACAUCUGUGGAGAAAUUUAAGAUACUGUGGCAUUUAACAUUUAAUGGAAAAUAUUGAUGUUGCCUUGUCACGUAUGCUAGGUCUGACUUUUGGUAUCUUGCUCAUUUGUUAUAUAUUAAUUUUCUAUAGAAAUUGCAUGUAAAAUACUGAGUUCUUCUAUUUCACAUUUCCAUAUCCAAAUUCUUUGUUUAAAAAACUUGUAUCACAUUUGUUCCGUGUUUGCAUUUAUGAAGUAUUUAAAAUUUGCUAGAACUCAACUGCUCACCUGGAAUGAUUUUGGGGCUUUACAGUUUUGUGUCUGUUUGAGGAGUAAUGUGUCUUAGAGGCAAUGUUAUGAUGAAUUGAAAUAAUUGCAUCUUUAAGCAUGUUUGUUUAUAAUCAUUGGGUGCCUAAGCCUCAUGCAAGAUUGCACAAACUGCACAUGAAGGUGGUUUGCACAAAAAUUUGAUUUCCUUAAACUGUUUAGAAUGAUUGUAUUAAGAUUGGAGAAAGAUAGGUGUAAAGCUUUUAACUGUUUGUAGCCACUAUAGGUGUAUAUGUAUAUGUUUGAUCUCAGUGUGCAUCAGGGCUUGACGCUAAACCAGAGCUAAAUAAAAUCAGUAUCAAUGUUUUGUCAAUUUCAGGCCCCCUGCUACAUAAUACAAUGUACAAAUUGAGUUGUGAAUUCUGUGGACUGCCAUGUUUUUUCUGUUAUAAUUGUCAGAUGAGCAGCGUCAAGGCCUGAUAUUUGCAAAGUGUUUUUCUGUUAAUGCUCUGUUUCAUUUCCAUUGAGUUAAGCAUAAUGUUGACAGAAGGGGCUGCUGUUAAGUACUGGUAUCCUGAAGCUGUUAAUGUUACAAGUGCUUUUAAAGUAGUUACUUGAAAAUGUACUUGCAACCUAACCGGCUAUGUUCCAUCGUCUGCCUGUUACACGGUGUUUGUGCAAUAAGAGAUCUUGUAUAUAAAGAUUGUUGCCAAUUGACAUUCAUGCUGGAUUUUUAAUUUUGAUUUCAAGUUUGACAUUAGAUGGUGCUUUUUUUUGUACUGACAACAGUUCUGCUUUUUGUUUUUUUUAAGAAAAGAUUUUUAUAGAUUACUUUGUUUUUAAAGGAACUAUUAUGAUCAGCUAACGUCAACUGCUCCAGGAUAUAGAAUGGUUUAAGAUAAAUCUGAAGGUUUUUCCAAAAGCAAUUUUACCUAAGAGCCUCACUACAGAGGAUUCACAUGUGAAUGCAAAUAAAA